GUGAGAGUGACACCUCUUCACCUCUCACCGCCAUCUUUGAUAUCCACGUCCCCGUGAGGUCCGAGUCCGGCUGCGAGGUGUUACGCGCUUUAGAAAAAAACACAGAGAAGGAAAACUUCAUAGAAAUGGCGGAGGGUGCUACGACUCUCAAAGGCUUGCGAGCCCAAAUGGCUGCAGCUGCACAAGUACAAGCCGAGGAGCGGCGCAGCCUGUCAGGGAACAGCCCCGGACCUACAACCAACGCACCAGCUAAACCUCAGGGGAGCAGGCCAGUCAUUGACGGUGCUGCUCUUAGAAUAGACGACCGGCUGCGAGUGGCAAAAGAGAGGCGGGAGGAGGCAGAGAGACAACAGGUUUUGAAAGACUCUCAGGUCAUGGAGCGGGAGCGCAAGGCCAAGAUGCAAGUGGAGCGUCAAGUGGAGGAGCGUCAGAAAAAGGUUGAUGACCAGCGAAGAAAGGAGGAGCAGAAGCGACUGGCUGUGGAGGAGAAGAGGAAACAGAAACAGGAAGAGGAAAAGGAGCACUACGAGGCGAUGAUGCGGCGGACGUUAGAGCGGAGUCAGCGAGUGGAGCAGAGGCAGAAACGAUGGUCCUGGGGAGGACUGGCCACAGACUCAGAUGGGCGGACAGGAGACUCUGAUGCCGGCACUUCGUCUCCAGUAACUAUAGUUGUCUCCCCUGCCUCGCCAGAAAAGCCACUGAAGAGUCGACAAGUGGACAAGCGCUCCACGUCCACCAUGAACCUGAAACAGCCGUCUGAGGCUGGCAUCAGCAAACGCCUAUCCACCUCCUCUGCCACCCUUAUCAAAUCUCCCGACAAACGUGUUAAGCCGAGGAGUUCGUCUUGUAAUCGGUUGCCUAACAAUGCUGCUCAGGCCAGUAAGGAAGAUGUCAAAAAGCUUCAGGUGGAACAGACAGGCCGUUCUGUCAAGAAGAGAAGUUCCUCCCACUCACGAGUAAGUGAGGGCAGAGCACAGACCCCGGCCAAGCCCGAUAAGGCGUCAACGGAAGAUCAAGCUCGCAGGCCACCGGCUGGCCCUGUGGACGGAGGGGUUCUUAGUCGCCUGCUCAGCCCCACCCAGGCCUCACUAGCUAGGAGCAAGAGCGCCGCCGCCCUGUCAGCUGAAGGAACAAACGCUCCAGAGUGUCACCUGUGUCCUCGCUCAGCUUCGGCCACUCCCCUGGUCCUACCGCGGGGGCCUGUGCGCAGCCGCAGCAUCGACCGACAGAAGAGCGGCAUGACCACCUCCGUGUCUGCCGACGGAGCCCUCGACCCCUCAAUGAAGGACAAGCAGUUUACAUCACCUGGAGGGCAACGUCCCUCCUCUCCAUCUUCCACCCUGGGACGCAACCGUUCACCCUCCCCCGCCCCCAACCCAGCCCCGAAGAGGACGCCCUCCCCAGCCCCCAACCCAGCCCCAAAGAGGACGCCCUCCCCAACAGUACCCAAGCAAAGUUCCAGGACACGCCCACCCUCACCGGGUGCAAUGAAACAACGCCCCCCAUCCCCCCAGCCUACGUCGGCCAAACCUCCACCUAUCCAGAAACCAGCUCUCACUCCAACAGGGCCCCCCACCUUGCGAAAGAGGGACUCCAAGUCCAAGGAUCUGUGUCCUGUCCAGGCUAUGUCUCCACAGUCCUCUGAUUCCAACAAGACCAAAGAGAAAGAUGACCCUAAAGCCUCGACGGGCAGCAACACAGCCGCCGAGGCAGCCAAGAUUCUGGCGGAGAAUCGCCGACUCAUGCGAGAGCAGAAAGAGAGAGAGGAGCUGCUCAGGGUACAGAGGGAAGAAGAGGAGAAGCUGAGAAAGGAGGAAGAGAUGCGUUUAGCGGAGGAGGCUCGACUGAAGCGCUUGGUGGAGGAGGAGAAGCUCGCAGAGGAGAGGAAAAUCAAAGACGAGGAAGAUGCUCUCCUAGCGGAGGAGGAGCGGGUGAGAAUGGCCGAAGAGGAGGCGGUGAAGCAGGCCGAGCUCCAGAAGGAACGGGAGGAGGCUGAGGCCAAGGCCCUGGAGGAGGCAGAGAGAGUCCGUGUGGAGAGAGAGCGCGUCAUGCAGCAGAACCAGCAAGAACGCAUGGAGAGGAAGAAGAGAAUUGAAGAAAUAAUGAAAAGAACAAGAAAAGGGGACCAAUGUGACAUGAAGGGCGAUGCAGGAGAUGACGAUAAACAGGAGGAAGGAGAGGAAGGAGAGGAGGGAGAGGACUGUGAAACCCAGAGCCAGUCGGAUGACAUCGCCGAGGAGGACGACAAAGACGAGAGUGGUCUGUCCUCUGGUGAGCCGGAGGCACAAAGAGAGGAGCCCCUGGGCAGCGUGAACGGGAAACCAGAGAUGGACGACAAGGAGAACAACAACGGCAUAAGCACAGCUGAGACUCAGGCAGGAAGUCCAGUCCCUAAGAGCCGCCUCGUCGAGGGCUCGGAGUUCCUGAAUGAGCAGGACUCCGCCAAGGUGGACUUGGUUUCGGGUCUCAAUGGGAAAUCCAACCAGUGGAGCUUUGAGGAACUCAUUGACCUCAACGUCCACUCUAAGGCUCUGCCCCUCAUCAAGGCGGAGGACUGUAACCAGGUCUUGAUCAACUGUGACGGGAGCUCAGACGGGACCAGGGUAGCCUUCGAGGACAAGGGAACCCCCGUCAACACCCUGCAUUCCUCUAGUCAACCCAUAGAAGCCCUUUCAGAGAUUUGAUGCUGCAGCCGUUGCUGAGAAGCCUCUUACUGUUGCACUCGUAAAGUUCCUGUCUAGCUGAGCUCCUUUAGAAGAUGUCCCGUAUCAGUCCCCAACAGCUUCCUCCUCUUUCUCCUCCUCCUCCUCCUGAAGGAGGAGCACAAGGUGAAGCGGAAAGACCAUCCCCAAGUGCUACAUUUGCACCCCACAUGAUGAGGAAACGUGUGUGUGUGUAUGUGUA